AUGUUAACAUUCCUUAAAUCCCCGAGUUUACCAGUUCAUCUGAAGUUUUCUGUAUACUGGACAGUCAUCCUUAUUCACCUAUUCAAUUUUCAACAGUUCCAUUGUUUAACACCGUUGCAAAUAGAUCAGCAUACUGUAAACUCUCAAAUUCUUUCACGCUUUAAACGCAUGGACAGUGAUACCUCAGAUGUUAAUCCGCCUAGUCCAUCAACCAUCAUGAAUAUUUUCUAUCGUAUUCGUGCUGAUCGCAAAGGAUUAAUCACUUGUGAAGUUAAUUCAAAGGAGAAUGACCCAUCAGUCUUGCAUACGACUGCUGUCAACCAAACUAAGGCAAGCUCUGAUUCAGUAGCACAAAGUAAACCCACAAGUACAUUAUAUUUGAUAUGUCCACAGCUUCCGACAUCCAUCUGUUAUAUGGAUUGUAAUCCCAACUGUGUGUUAAAUGAAAACGGUUGUACAAUACCGCAUAGUGUAUCCCAAGUUAUAGAAGGUUGUCAAUUUAAACGUAUCAACGCGAACACAUUCCAAUAUCAAUAUAUCAUUAAUAUGGAGAGACUUGAUCAUACUGGUUUAUGGAAUUGUGAAUAUCGUGGACAACGUGCAGCUAGAUCAUUGGAAUUACAGGCAGCAGAACGUCUACCAGAAAAAAGUUCGGACAUGAGCAAUAAUAACACUGACAAUGAUAAUUUCAUAAAACAAAAUCCAAUUCACAAAAGAAAUAAUUCGCUGCAUAAUGUUCAAUCAAAAUUAACCAAUGAAAAUUCAUCUAAAACAAAAGCAAAGUUUAAAGAAACUUCUCAGAAGGUGACCGUUUUGAAUAAAACUGGUAUGUCGACUAAAUCUUUAAAGAAUUCCACGAAUUCAACUGAAGUUUGGAAACAGGACACUGGAGAGAAAAGUCAAUUUCGUCCAACUCAAAAACAAGAAAGUAGUCAAUUUCUUGAAUUCAGAUUAACGCGUCCAGAACUUGUUCUCAGUUUGGUUGGAGUCUUGGCCAUUUCUUUAAUUAUCAAUAUAAUCUUAAUAAUUCGAUGUGUACUACUGAAAAGUUAUUUAGAUGACACACUACAUGGGAAUAUUAGCUCAAAUCUAAAGUGCUUACUAUGUCUACGACUAAAAUCUGAUUUUAAAAUGUCAAAUACGCUAGACAAAUCUCUGAACCAAUCAAAUCAUCAACCCAUACUUAUGACUUCAUGUCACGUUGGUCAAUUGAUUGAACCAAAUGCAAGUUUUGUGAAUUAUUCUACACAUAUUGAUGAUAAUUUAACAGAAUCAGUUCUACUGUAUCAAAAUAAACCUGGAAGUUAUACACCUCAAGAAGGUAAUCGAUUAUUGCCUAUGAACACAAGUAUUAUUCUUCCAAAUCUCUUUCAAUCGACUAUAUCAACAACACCGUUACCAACUACAACGAUUACAACGAAUGGACCAUUUGUAACAACCAGUCCUACAUUUCAUCAUUUAGUUAAUAAUCCUCAUACAAUUAAUCCAAAUGAUAUUUUAAAGUUUCAUACACAACAGAAUGGACAGAGUAGUUCUGGAGUGUCAUUAGAAUCCGAUCCAGUCAGUAGUAAAAGGGUAAAUCUAUUCCAUUCACAGUCUGUUAACUAUUCUAAACACUCGAGCUGUCAUCCACAGUUACCCGAAUAUUGUUUCGCGAAUGGAAAUAAUAACAAUAAUAAUAAUAGUAUGAUUGGACAGAAUGGUAGCUUAAAUGGUUCUCUAAUCUAUUCAAAUGAUUCAAUAAGUCUAACAGAUACAACUAACGGGAACAGUGUUGUACCGCCUAAUCAUAUAAUAUUAUCACCACAAAAUCCUCAUUCAGCGUAUCGCUUUCAAUACAGUUGUUCUGGUGAACAGUCAGAGAAGACUACACGAAGAAUUGGAAGGCAAUCCCAACAACAAUAUGCCUAUUCAAAUGAUUACAAUAGAAGUUCUCAACAACAACUUAUUUCUUCACAAUCAGCUCACCAAGAAGGAAAACCAAUUCACCUUAAAAGUGACCAGUUCACACCCAGAGAUAAUGACAACGAUGAAAGACAGAACAGUCACGAUUUGAAUGCAUACACAUUUAGAAACAGUUCUACAAUUGAUUCACUGUCCCAUGGUACUAAUAAUUCAGGACAGCAGUUGGAUGAAGGUCUCACACUGCAUUCAGGUCAACUGCCAACAUGUUUAACUCCCCUAGUAGUACGUUUUCCAUCUGGAGAAUCAGGUUUUCUUUUCUGCCCAGCGCGUACAACAACAACAACAAGUGAAAAUUAUCCGUCUGAAAGUUUGUCUCGUAGAGCAAAUCGUAUUUCAAUUCAUGAAAAUCCCUAUACAAAAUCAAUUGACAAGGAAAAGAAGUCACCCUUCGGUGGACAUUUAAAUGUUCAGACUAACUUGGAAGCCAUUAAAUUUGAUAAUUUAAAUCAUUCAAGUCAAAUAUCUCAAAUUUCUGAUGAUGAGACAAAAAUCACUUUUCUACCUGAAAAUCCUAAAGAUCAGUCUUUGAUUUCGACAAAUAUACACGGGAUAAUUUUUAAUGGUUUACCCGAAUAUCAACAGAAUCAUAUUCAAAGAGAUUCAGUAAAACAUUGUAAAAUUGCCUCCAUAGAGAAUGAAGCAUCAUUUAAAUCAGCAUUCAAUCGUCGUACAGAUUCCCAAGAUGAUGAUCGUGAUCAUCAUGAUGAUAGUGAUGACGAUCAGGAAGUAAACGGGACUGCGUUAGUCACUCAGAAAAGCUUUCAUAAAGUAGGUGGGGCUAAUCAUACUACGAGUAGUUCUAAUGACGCCUUAACUGAAGAGAAGAAGACUCAUCAACAAGUAUUGACGAAUUCUACAAUGUAUCCCAUUUUUUAAUUCACUGGAUUCUGUACACUGUAAAUUUCACUUCCUUGAAUUACACAUCAAUUAAGUAAACAGCUACGUUAUCCAACAUGCAGAUUUGAUUUAAAAUUGAAAUUAAUUUAAAUUAAUUGGUAAACACAGAACUACUCAGUGGUGAACAAAACAAUAAGGAUUUAUCUGGGAGACUAUUGGUUUCACCGUUUUCUAUGAUAAUAUAUCAAUGAAACAAGCCAACAUUUUGAUUCUACUAACUGGUUUUGAU